AUGGCUACAACAGUUAAUACAUCGUAUCCUACAUUUUAUCAAAAUCAACCACAGCAUUUACCUCCGCAGCCUACAUAUCCAUCACAGGUACCCUAUCAAAUGCCUACUCAAUGGCCAACAGUAGCUCAUCAACGAGCACGUCCGGUUCUAAAUGAUGAUAAUAUUCCAACAGAAAAUCGUCGAACAUCGAAACAUCGUAUUCAUAAUGUUGGCACAGGUCCUCGUAGUCCACGUCCAAUUAAUUAUUAUAAUCAACCACAACAACCAACUCCACCAGUAAUACUCGAAAGUCAUCAUCAUCAUCAUCAUCAUCAUCAUCAUCAUCAUCGAUCUCACCCGACCAAUGUAGCAAUUAAUCCUGUUGGUCCAUCAGUAGAUGCUCCUAUAGAACAGCAUACUCUAUUGAAUUCAAAUACGAUAUCAACAGUUAAAAAUGGUACUAAUGGUAGUGAACAAUUAACUAUUCGUCAACUAAAUGAAAUUUGUUUUCAUACUGAGCCAUCAGGUCGAUUACCUUAUAAUACUUAA